UCUUUCGUAGAAAUGACUCCUCCACCUUCACGGAAACGUUCUCUGAAUUCGCAUCUUGAUACUCCAACCCGUGCUCGAUUUUUUCAAGCUAUCGAUCAGCGUGGAGACAAGACUAAGCGUGACAUCUACCACGAGUUCAACAUCCCACAUGCCACCGCAUAUCGACUCCUCCAGCAGCGCGAUAAAUACGGAAAACUCGCUGACCGCCGCUCAAAGCUUCGCCAAUACAAGAAAGAGCAUGGAGGCAUUGGCUCUGGCCGGCCGCGAAAGGAUUCAAAUAAUAAGACUCCACAGCAAAUGCACAAUGCUCGACUAACUAUCCCAACGAGCAAGGUAGAGCACCAGGCG